CGCAGUCUGAUCACUGGAUACCUGAGAUCACAGUAAGAUUAAGCUGCUGAGGCUCUGCGUGAACGCGUGACAGGACACCGGACAGAGAAAAAGGGAUUUUGGCCGCAUACAAAACGAGGAGGAGGAGGCGCCUCUCGCGUUGGAGCAGAACCGCUUUAGAUGGAUUCUUCAUGUUUGCUUCAGCCUCAGUGGAGACAGCCCGCUCUGAACACUCACGAACCGUGACAAUAAGGUGUCAAACAUGGCACACCGCAGCCUAUGGAUAGCCACAAACAUGAGCUGCGCCCAGUGUGGAAGAAGCGGCGCGCACUUGGAACAGAAUGCGCACAGGGCAGUUGGUGGGAGCAGAUGGAGGGUUCGGAGGAAGGAUAGACAGGAGAUUACCUCUGUAAUGUCAGCUAAGGCCAAGGUGCUGCUCUGGGUGCUACUCUCUCUGCUGCCUCUAGUGGAAGGAGCUCAUAUGAAAGCUGCUUCUGCUGGCGUGGGAUCAGACUCGGGCCACGUUGGGGGCCUGCUGGCAGGCCAGGAGGAGAGGGAGCUUCCUGUGACGCUACCAGAGGUGGUGGAGGACGAGGAGCAGGAAGACGGCAGUGAACCUUACUCUACUUGGCACACUCUUUAUGAGCCCUUUGUAAUAGACGAGGUGGAUGACCAUCCCAGUGGUCGCUGGGCGGGGCGCUCUCCCCGCUCCUCUGACCCCUCAGAACCUCAACCCAAGGGAUCACCAAAGAAAAAGAAAAAGAGGAAGAAGAAAGAAAAGGAGGAAGAGGAAGAGACAGGAAGAGUAGGUAGAAAGGGUAAAGGUAAGAGCAGACAGCCGAAGCAAAACAGCCGGGACUGCCGUGUGGAGAAGAGAGAGAUGAAGGUUCGGGACCUGGGCCUGGGGUUUGACUCGGAUGAGAUUGUCCUCUUCAAGUUUUGCGUGGGCUCCUGCCAGUCCUCAAGGACUAACUACGACUUGGCAUUGAAGGCACUGAUGGAGAACGGCUCGCUGCCCCGGCGCACUGCCCGCAAGGUCAGCAACCACCCCUGCUGUCGGCCCGACCGGUACGAGCCCGUUUCCUUCAUGGACGCCCAGACCACGUGGAGGACUAUCCAGUCGUUAUCAGCAGCCAGCUGUAUGUGUAUGGGCUGAAUACAGAGACGAGGGAGAAGGUGACUGGGGGGGCGUCAACCCAUCCUGAGCCGAGAGGAGUCAAGAGGCUCAGGGUGAGGAAGACCUCGGUACGGGGAAGAGCCAGAGGGCGCCACUGUUACACACACACGCAGCGAGGAAGUGACGGAGGCUACUCGUUGGCUUCCUGUGGUGUAUCUCCUGUUGAAGAGGUCUGGGUGCAGCUCGACAAUUGAGGUCAAAGGUCAAUAUUAGAGAGUGAGGGGGAAGUCAUCAGGGAAUCGCUGCCUGGAUUUAUUGUUGCAUCUUCAAAGAGCGAAUUGUUUUCAGCUGAUUGCAGGAAACUCCAGAGCAGUUAACAGGACUGUUCUGCUCUAGCUGGACGAGGCCUGAAGGCGGAGGCUCAAGAGAUAUAAAGAAAAGACGCAAUUAAAGGACUAUCGCUGCCUUUAUAUUCGGACAAAAUAAAAAGACUGAUGUGAUAUUCACUAUUCCUCACGGUGACGUCCGCUCCUCCCAAAAACAUAUCAUUUUGUUCCACAUGAAAACAGAGACAUUACGUUAUAUCGUUUCUAUGUUCAGGUGAACUCAGCCAAAUGGAUGCCAUGCAUCUUCAUGUAUUACUGUAUAAAAGUAACAUGUAUUUAUUUCUGAUAUUUCUGAUAAAUUAUUUAUUUAUUAUAGCUUCAUGUGAGAGCUGUUUUAUUAACUCUAUAUUGUAGAUAACUAUCUAUUUAUUGCCGGGAUUUACAUUUCAUGUUACUUCUGCUUGAAGACGGUUUUUAAAAGGUGCAUUUCCACAUUCAUCCAACACCUCAUACACUUGGAGUGGACAGAUAAUUAUGUGAAAAAUAGAAAUAGACUUUUGUGAAAUUAAGUGUUUUUAUUAAAAAUGGGGGGGAAAAAACAAAAUCCAAAAGCUCAAUUUCUAUCUUACAUGUUUAUGUAUGAGAAUGUAUGUAUGUAUGUAUAAUAGAUCACCAGAAACAGAUUUACCGACAUUGAAAUGAUGUGGUUUACCUAAUACAUGUUUUUUUCUCAAGAGCACCUCACAUAUUAGUCUCACAGGGUAAUGACAUCACCGUUUCUCCAGCAGUCUCAAUGCAGAAUGGAUGUACAGCAACAAGAAAAACAUUUACACUGCAGGACCUCAACGUUUCUCACCUAAAGUGAUGAUUUCUAUUUAGUUAAACACUCCCUGUAUGUCACAUUAUUAUUAUUAUUGUUAUAUAAAGUUUUCUUUAUUUUUGUAUGGCAUUUUCCUCUAAGAGAAUAAAGUUUUUUAAUUUACA